CUUAAUGCUACAGAAAAGAGAAGUCGCCAGAAAGAUUUUAGUGAUUCAGAAGGAGAAAAUGAAGCAAAAGGUAAACUGUUGGUUAAAAAGCCAGCCUGGGUGGAUGAAGAUGAUGAAGCUGAGGAGAACGUUGAUAUGACCCAUAAGUAUAGGAAAGACUUCAUGAAAAGUGAUGCUGAGAAGACACUUACUAAGAAAAACUUAAAAAGACGACUUGAAGAACAGUUUCAGCGAGCUAUGGGAGGAGUUCCUGCCUGGGCUGAUUUAGAAAACAGGAAGAAAUCCAAAAAGGCUGCAAGUGAUAGUGACAGUGAUGAAGAUGAUGAUUUGCUCUGCAGGACUGGCAAUUUCAUAUCAAGAUCGGAGUCCCUGCCAAGAGGUAUUUUGAAGUUGAGCACCUGCUUGCCUGCUAAUCAGGAACGCUUUGCUAAUGGAAAACUGGCAACUGUGCAGUUUCAUCCAUCUGCUCAAGUAGUCAUGACUGCUGGACACGACCGAUCUGUGUCACUCUUUCAGGUUGAUGGUGUAAGGAAUCCAAGAAUACAGAGCAUCUAUUUAGAGAGUUUUCCAAUUUAUAAGGCUUGUUUCAGUGUUGAUGGAGAACAAGUUAUAGCCACUGGGACUCACCAUAAAAUGUUCUUUGUGUAUGACAUGAUGAGUGGAAGUAUUAUUCCUAUACAGAAAGUAAGAGGUGUGGAGGAAAGAUUUCUCCGAAGCUUUGAGGUCUCUCCAGAUGGAUCGUUUAUGCUUGUAACUGGAACUUCAGGUUACCUUCACUUGUUGUCAAUGAAGACAAAGGAACUGAUUAGCACUAUGAAGGUAAAUGGAAGAUGUGCUGCAUCUGCUUUCACUCCAGACAGCAGGAAAAUAUACAGCUAUUCAAAGGAAGGUGAAGUUUUCAUCUGGGAUGUGAGAAGCAGAAAAAGUCUCCACAAAUUUGAAGAUGAAGGGUCUUUGGAAGGGAAGUGCAUCGCUGUUUCAAAAAAUAACCAGUAUGUGGCAUGUGGUUCAGCUUCUGGAGUUGUAAAUUUAUAUACUACUGAUACGUGUCUCAAAGACACCCGUCCUAAACCAGUUAAAGCCAUAAUGAACCUAGUUACGUCUGCUACGUGUGUGACCUUCAAUCCCACCACGGAAAUACUGGCAGUGGCUUCCCGUGAAACUGAUGAGGCUGUCAAAUUGGUGCAUAUUCCUUCAUAUACUGUGUUCUCGAACUUCCCAGUUUUCAGAAGAAAACAGAUUUAUCUUGCUCAAUCCAUGGACUUCUCUCCCAGAAGUGGCUUUUUCUCUGUAGGAAAUAACAAAGGCAAAGCUUUGUUAUUCAGACUGAAACAUUAUUCAGAUUUUUAA